AGCAUCUCCUUCUUCCUUCUCGAGUUUUCCUCCCUCACUCCCUCACUCCCUCAGCAAAAGAAAAAUCCCAUUACUUGCUCCGUUCAGCCACUGCCGUGUCACCAUCACGUCACCGCCGCCGUCGCAACUGCUCGAAGCCGCCGUCCCCACUGCAACUCGUCUCGAGUCGUUCCUCCGACGCGCAGUCAUGUUUCCACCGCGCAGGCUCUGUUCCACCGCCCUCUAGCCCUUCUCUGCUCCAGUUCUGCCGCGCUCCACCCUUCCUCGGCUCUAGUUCCGCGGGGUCCUGGCCACCUCUUCUCUAGUUCUGCCAGUCCAUGCCACUCCUUCUCCAGUUCUGCCGCGUCCAGCCCUCCGUCGUGCUCCCUCACCUCUGUACUCUAGAAGAUUGUAUCAUAGGUAGUCCUUCAACAAGUGGAUAAUUCCACUCGCUAAAAAAUACUAACCAAGCCCAAAGGGAGAAAGGAGAAAUCAAAGGCCAUAAAGAACCUCUUUAUGAAACUAUAAAGUGAAUGAAAUGUUAUUCGAGUCUCUGCAACUUCACUUCGCUCCCAUGUCUGCUCUAUCUUCUUCAUUAGCCAAAUACAGUACAACUACAAACUACCCAAGCUUGACUAUACCACCCGUUCGAAUCUCAUGCGGCCCUAUUUCGACUCGCCCAAAGAGUAAUAAGCAGAAGAAUAGCACGGAUCAAUUGGAAGAGAGACAAGAGCUGGUACGUUUAUUGACCAAAAAAAUAACUGCCGAUAAAGAGCCUCUCCUCAAGACACUGAACAAUCACGUCAAGCACCUUAGAACCAAGCAUUGCUUCUUGCUCUUCGAAGAGCUCGGUAAACAAGAUAGCUGGCUACAAUGCAUUGAGAUUUUCAGGUGGAUGCAGAAACAACGGUGGUAUGUUGCUGAUAAUGGGGUUUACUCGAAGCUCAUAUCAAUUAUGGGAAAGAAAGGCCAAACGAGGAUGGCUAUGUGGCUUUUCUCAGAGAUGCGUAAUUCUGGGUGUCGCCCUGAUACUUCUGUGUAUAAUGCUCUUAUCACGGCUCACCUUCAUUCCCGGAACAAGGCAAAGGCAUUGGGCAAAGCUCUUAACUACUUUGAGAAGAUGAAGGAGAUGGAGCGUUGUAAGCCCAACAUUGUUACUUAUAACAUUCUCUUGAGAGCUUUUGCACAAGCUCGCAAUGCGAAUCAGGUAAAUUCUUUGUUUGGAGAUCUUGAUGAGAGUAUUAUUUCUCCUGACAUCUACACGUUUAAUAGUGUCAUGGAUGCUUUUGGAAAGAAUGGAAUGAUCUGCGAAAUGGAAUCGGUGCUUGCCCGAAUGAAAAACCAUAAGUGUAAGCCUGACUUGAUUACCUUUAAUUUGCUCAUCGAUGCAUACGGGAAGAAGCAGGAGUUCGAUAAGAUGGAACAAGUAUUCAAGAGUUUGCUGAGGUCCAAGGAGAAACCAACACUGCCUACAUUUAAUUCCAUGAUUCUGAACUAUGGGAAGGCACGACUGAAGGAGAAAGCAGAAAAUGUUUUAAAAAAAAUGAUUGACAUGGGUUAUAAACCGAGUUUUAUCACUCACGAGAGUCUCAUCUACAUGUAUGGAUACUGUGGUUGCAUUUCCAAAGCUAGAGAUUUAUUUGAAAGGCUAAUUGAGUCAAAAGCUCAGAUAAAAACAUCAACCCUAAGUGCUAUGCUUGAUAUUUACUGCAUAAACGGUUUACCGUUGGAAGCAGAUUCUUUGUUGGAGAGGGCAAUUACUUUACAAGUGUUUCCUGAUGCUUCAACAUAUAAGCUUCUCUAUAGGGCUUACACUAAAGCCAACUUGAAGGAGCUUCUGCAUAAAUUGCUAAAGCAUAUAGAUAAAGAUGGUAUUAUCCCUAACAAAAAGUUCUUCCUAGAUGCUUUGGGAUCUUCAUGACACAAGUCAAAAUCUGCUACUAUUGCUGUAACUAAUUCAAAUAGCUUCCAAGAUUUUGGGAACCUCAGCUGAAUACGUAGUUGGUAAUUCACAUCAAGAAUUUCAACUGAGGUGAUAUGGUAUAUUAUGCGACUUUGCCAUCACUCGUUAAAUGCUCCAAGUUUUGGUUUAGUGAAAUUGUUAUUCUUUGUUUAUACUUUUUUGUUUUAUAAAUAAUUAUUACUGUAUUUUUUUUCUUUUUUUGUUAAUUUGGAUUUAGUAUAGUGCAUUGGCAGAGUGAUUGGUGUUUGGAGAGCAAAAAGCGAAUCAAUGACUUACAAAUGGAAUUUUGAUUAAUGAUAUUAUUGACAAUACAAGUGUUCAUACCCUGGCCCAAUGCUAAGGGCCCAGGUCCAGCCAAAAGACCUGAUCCGACAGAUUAAGCCUAGCAAAGCACCGACCUCCACUCAAGAAGUCGGUGUCAACCACGACUUAGUAUGAAGAAGUCGGUUAUGAGAUUAGCUGGCAGAUACACACUCAUUCAAAUGAGUAACCGCUCCGAAAAUCUCUCUAACCACUUCAUAAAGUCAUAUCUUAACCUCCCCAAGAUAAUGGGACGGUUAGCACCCUAAAGAUGCGGUACUACACCAACGGUGGUUAUUGGCUCACCACUAUAAGUACACUGACACCAAUCAGGUAUUUCUAAGUCCAAUACUCUCUAGACCUGCUCACACUCUUGCUAACUUAGGCAUCGGAGUGUCUUUGCAGGUACCACCCCCCAUUCCUGCACGCGAGCAAGUCGGACGGAGCCUCCCGAGUUGCAGACACACCCGGAGUUUUCCUCCUUCAUACACUUGGGCCAUCAAACGUCAUCCAUCUUAUUAAUCUCCGGUUACCCACCGUAACAUUGGCGCCAUUGCCGGGGACCCGAGAGAUCAUCCAUCGAUGGCGGAUAGAUCCCACGAGGAAGUCCGUGCGGAAACGGAUUCCGAA